AUGGAAUAUUGUGAAGGAGGUGACUUGGAUACUUAUAUGUAAAAAAAGGGAGGAAAACUAGAGGAGAUUAAUUGCAUAGAAAUAAUAAGCUAAGUAAUAAAUGGUUUCCGAGAAAUAGUAUAAAAAGGGUAUAUCCACAGAGAUAUAAAACCUUAAAAUUUAUUAAUGAAAAGCAAUAAUAUUAUUAAAAUUGGUGACUUUGGUUUAGCAGCUAGAAUCGAUAAUUAAAAUAAUGAAUUUUUAAAUGAUUUUGUAGGAACACAAUUAUAUAUGUCGCCUUAAAUUUUAUAACAUUAAUCAUAUAAUUAAAAAGCUGAUAUUUGGUCUAUUGGAAUAAUUUUUUAUGAAAUUUUAUUUGGAAAAACACCUUGGCCUUCAAGAGAUUUGCAAUCAUUUUUGAGUAAUAUUUAAAGCAUUCCUUUAAGAUUUCCAUAUGAUAAACCUGUUAAAAAAGAAACAAAAGAUUUUAUUUCAAGGUGUCUUAUUUUAAAUGAAGAUAAAAGAAUUAAAGUUUGUAGUAUUAAAAGUCAAGUAGUUCUAGACGAAAAAGCAAAAUAUAUUUUGUAUUAAAUUCAGUAAGUUAUAACUUAAUCUAAUAAAUAAAUAAAUUCUUAUUUAGAUGAUAAUAAUAAUAACAAUACAAUUAAUAAAGAUUUUAUAAAUGAAGAUUAAUUUUACUAACUACUAUUAAGCAUUGAUAAUAGGAUUGCAAAAGAUGAUUCGAAUUAUUUAUUUUAAAAUAUAAUUCAUUAACUAUAAAGUGAAUAAACAAUAACUAGUAGUAAUAAUUAAAAUGAAAAAUAAAUAAGCAUUUAAUUGUUUAAAAUGAUUUUAAAUGAAUAAAAUUAUAUAGAAAUAGAAUAAAAAACAAUUUAAAUAUUUAAUAGUUUAAAAGGAAUUUUUAAACAUAAAAAUUUUGAUUUAAAUUUUAUUUAUAGCAAUUAUAAUGACGAGUCUAAAGAAAUUUUAAAUUAAUAAAAAUUUUAAUAAAUAUUAAAAAUUUUAAACAUUGAUCUUUAAAAAUAUGAAAUUAAUUGUGUAUUUGAAAUUUUCGAUAAGAAAAAAAAUGGAAUUGUGACAUAUUAAUAAUUUUAUUAGAUUUUAAAUGAAUUGGAAUAAAAAGAUAUAAAUAAAGAUAAUUUGUAAAAUAAAAUAAAAUUAGUUUAAAAUUUAAUAAAGGAAAAUAAUUUAAAUGUUUAAAAUAUGUUUAAUAAUUUGAAAAGUUCUAAUUAAAAUUAUUAUCUUAAUAUAAAUGAUCUAAAAAAAUUAUUUAGUAUUGUUGAUAAAGAUCUGAAUGAAAAAUAAAUGGAAUAAAUUUUUAAUAUUUUUGAUAUUAAUAAAGAUGAGAAAAUUACUUUUGAAGAAUUUAAAAAGAUAUUAUCUUGA